UUGCUAAAGAAACUCUACCGGACCAUACGAAUACUAUGAGCGCUCCAGAAUCCGUGCGGGUCAAGCUGCUGUUUUUCGCGAAAUCUCGGGAACUAGCCGGACUGUCCGGUACGGACGAUUUCCUUGUGCCGCACUCCGUAAUCAAGUGUUCCGAGCUGCUCGAUCUGAUCUGUAAUCGGUACAAUCUGUCCCUGAUCCGCAACAAUGUUAUACUAGCGCACAACGAGCAGUACUGUGAGGAUCUCAGUGAAACCAUACGCAUACGCAACGGAGACGAGCUAGCCGUGAUACCACCCAUUUCCGGUGGAUAG